AUUGAUGAUUGGAAUACAAAAAUUGUGAUCGUGAGGGAGCAAGGUCUACAGGGCACAUACCAGGGCCUCAGGGCCACAGUGCUGAAGCAGGGAUCCAACCAGGCCAUCCGCUUCUUCGUCAUGACUUCCCUUCGGAACUGGUACCGAGGGGACAACCCCAACAAGCCCAUGAAUCCCCUGAUCACGGGGGUCUUUGGAGCAAUUGCGGGUGCUGCCAGUGUUUUCGGGAACACUCCACUGGAUGUGAUCAAGACCAGGAUGCAGGGCUUGGAGGCACAUAAGUAUCGGAACUCCUUGGGCCGUGGUCUGCAAAUCCUGAGGAAUGAGGGGCUCAAGGCGUUCCACAAGGGCACCAUCCACAAGGGGCGCAUCUGCCUCGAUGUGGCCAUCGUGUUUAUCAUUUAUGACGAGGUCGUGAAGCUGCUUAACAAAGUGUGGAAGACAAACUGACCCCGGGGUCUGCUAAGCCAACCCCCACAGCUCACGUGAUUCCUGUGCAGCAUGCCAAAA